GUGGUGCGACAGAAAGUGACAGUAAAAGCUACGUUAUUAUCCUUUAGUAGUAAUAACCUUUAACGGUGAAUCUGACGCCUUGCAAUAAAGUCAUUAUUUUUUAUUGUUGUUGUUAUUGGUUUAACAAAACCCAAAACUUUCAGAAAAAAAUCUUGCCGUUAGCAGGACAAUCAAUUUUGUGUGUUUAAAUUAACUUGAUUUAGAUUUUUUUUAGUAGGCCCUUGUAAAAACGCUUAUGGUAACAGCGUUGUAAUUAAAAUAUUGGAAUGUGUGCGUUUGUACAGUACAUCUAUAUAGUAGGCCUACAUACAGGGGCGUCAGAAGCAUUUUGAAUGUGGGGGGACACUGGCAUAAAAGUAUAAUAUUUUACGUUAAAUGUGGGGGGGUCCAGACGCAUAAUUAUGAAAUAUAAAUAGGACACGUCCCCCUCAGGUUUAAUGGCAGCGACGCCGGCAUAUACUGUAACACAGACGGGACAUUUGGAGACAUGGGUUUCACAUACCCUUAGUGUAAAUAUAACUUGCUAUUUAUAGUAUAUCCACCCACUUGCCAGCGACUGUUCUGUGAUUAAACAUAGCCUAAGCAUAACACUAAUAAGCAAAAACAAGUUUUGCACUUAUAUCAAGGGACCAAAUCAACCCUAAAGCCCACACCCCCUUAAGUUUACACACACGCUACUCCCGCAAUAUACCCAAAGAAUGACUGAAAUGACUGAAUUCCAACCGUUUGAGCAAGACUUCUACCAGUCAACCUAUAACAUAGAUGACCAGGAGCAGAACGUGUCUGGCUUCGAAGGAACGCGGCAGAAUCCCAAUAUUGUCUAUGGCAGGACAGUCACAGGUACGUAUACCCCUUCUGUUGUACCUGGUUCCCCCGUUCAACCUUACACCAGACAGCUCUUUCAGCCCUCGGAGGUCCCUGCCACAUCAGCCCACCCAGCUGCAGACGGAUUUGCAGAUGAACCACCUUUACUUGAAGAACUGGGAAUUAACUUCGACCAUAUUUGGCAGAAGACUCUGACAGUUUUAAACCCAGUUAAGCCAGCAGAUGGCAGCAUCAUGCAUGAGACGGACCUGACUGGACCUGUACUCUUCUGCGUAGCCUUGGCUAUCACCCUGCUUAUGGCUGGGAAGUCUCAUUUCGGCUUUGUGUAUGGGGUCAGCGCAAUGGGCUGUGGGGGCGUGUGCAGCCUGCUAAACCUGAUGAGUGACAUAUCCGUGUCCUACGGCUGCGUGGCUAGUGUGCUGGGCUACUGCCUCCUGCCCAUGGUGGGCCUCUCAGCUUUUGCUGUGUUCUUCACCCUGCAGGGCAUUCUGGGAGUUGUGCUGGCGCUCCUUGUCAUUGGCUGGUGCAGCCUGGCUGCCUCAAAGAUCUUCAUAUCCACACUGGCCAUGGAGGGCCAGCAGCUGCUGGUAGCUUACCCUUGCAUGCUCCUCUACGGGGUCUUUGCACUGUUGACAGUCUUUUGAGACGACCCCAGCAGCUUUAAUUCAGUUUGAGAGGAGGAGUUACAGCUUAAAGAAAAUCCACCAGGCUCUCCCUGAAGUUACAACAGGAAUCUGACAGCACUAUUUUAUUAGAUUUUUUUCUUUUAUUAGUUUUAUUUUUAUUAGUUUGAGAGUGAACUUUAUAUUUUUUCUGAUAUUGCUUCAUUAUUUCCCCACAUUUUGUUUUGAAUAUGUAUUUUUUUUGGUUUAUUUUUGUGUUUGUUGAGUAAUGAACAAUUUCAUGGGGUAUGCAAUACAUUCAGAUCCAACAGUCAAAUGCAGGUCAGCGAUGUUCCAAAUCUUGUAACCAAAUCAUGUUUGAUAAGCCCUUUUUCAAGCUGGCUGGAUUGAUUUACAAAGGAUGGAUUUAUAGUCAUUUACUACUUCUUGUAGAUAUGUUGUUUCCUUUAAGAGAGUGACUAAAGUCUUUGAAUUUAUUGCUAAGUAUUCUGCCCAACUGUAGGUGAACUAAUAGAGCUGGUGGCCUUCUGUGUUUGUUGAAGACAUCUUUUGUGAAUGAUUAAUUAGUUAGAAGUGCCACAGGAACUACCUUAGAACUGAGCAGCCAAACUAUCCGAUCAGCACUAUUCCUUCAUUAAAGUUUCAUUUUUUGAAUUUCAUGUAAAUACUUUCUGCUUUCAUAAUGGAGGGUUUAAAAAAUAACCUCCAAUGAGCAUGUUGUGUAUUUUUAUAGGGUGAAGUCUACUCCAUAAAUGAUCUUAAUCACGCAGGGGAAACUGUAUAGACGUAGGAAAAAAAACAUUAGUGGUAUAUUAUUUUCCCUUAGCAUUUUCAGGGUGGCAGAACAGAUAUAUCAGUCAGGAAAAAAGUUUCUGGUUGUUUUAUUUGUUGAGUUUCUCUGUUCAUCAAUAAAUGACUGCUAGGUUUUUGGAAACUGGUGGAUUUUACUGACUUUUUGUCUUAGAAAAGAAAUUUUUGUUUUCUACAGUAUUUUGCCUACACUAUUUUGAUUCUUUUUAUUUUUAUCCAGUUGUGGAAACUGUGUAUAUCCACAGGUGUUGUGUCUGGGAGGAAACGGAUUUUAGGAAUACUUUGUUAUUUUUUAAUAUGUCCUACCUAAAUAAUGUAACCUGCUGAAAGCGCACGCACUCUCACCCACGUAAAACAGAGAAUGGGAGAGUGCAGUAUGGCAAAUGAAGUGACAGUUUGAAGGCUUCAUCCUCCCGGCCGUGAUGGAAACCUGCUGUGACACCGUGCGGUCAGGCCAGACGGCUCUGGGUUUGCCAGACGUCAGCGGCCCCUGAAUGUCAGCGGCAUUCAACAGGGCGCUUUCACACCUAGCUGGACCUCAGCCGAGCUCACACGCUGUUUCGGCAGCGUCUGCAUAUGAAAUGGCGCCGCAUCACUCGCUUGUAUCUCUGACUAUCUCUCCUCUUUCUCAGUUUUAAGACCCUCUGAGUAUUCAGGACCUGUGUGAGACCAGUAAUCUGGUCUGCUGUCCUUGCCCAACAUGGCAGGAAGCCCGCAUGCCUGUGUGUGUGUGUGUACAUGUGUGUGGGUUACUGGCCUCUUGGAACUUGGAUUUUAAGUUUAUAUCUACAAUUUGGGAUUUGGAUCUUACUUUGGCACUUUUCUAGUACAUUUUAUGCUUUUAUAUUUUUAUCAUCAUAAGAAAUAUGACUGCAUUCAGUGCAUUUGGAGAAUCAUAACAAUUACUGUCAUGUACAUGCCAUGUAAUUUUAACUGGGUGUCUUUAGUAAACCAUCGAACAUGCUGAUUUUAUCAUACAAUAAUUUUAAUUAAAAAACGAAUGUGAGUUAAAUAAAAGAAUGCUUAGCCCUGGAUAUAAAUACUUUUUGUUAAAUAACAUAAAUGUAAGAAAUAAUUAAAUUAAAUUAAUCAAAUAAAUUAUAAAAAUGUAUAUAUGGUUCUCGAAUGUUUUAUUAGUAGAGUGUGUUAUUCACUUUCAGUGUAGGCAGUAAAGGGUGGCAAGAAAGGAAUUGAGUUUGCUUUUAAAUAGUCUUUUUUUCAGAUAUGAGAAAUUUUCAGUGUAGUAGACAGUGAGGUGAUUAGCAGUGUGAUUUUAAACUCACAGAUGGCUCAGCAAUGUGACCUUACUGCCAUCCGUGCUGGUGGUUUGAACUCCACCCCAAAUCUUUCUGUUAUGUAUUGGUGGGGGUCCAUUCCAGUGUCCCAGUUUAAUCCUAAAAUCCACAUAUGGUUAGCUGGUUUGGUGUCACAAAAUUUUACAGUGUUUGCCCUCUGAUGUAGAAAUCGUCCAGAGUGUGUCUCUGGGUCCUGGAAAUGUGAUUGGCCGAUUGGUGGAAAUGUGAUUGGCCGAUUAGUGGAUAAACCUUAAACUGACUGCGGUCGGGCACAGGGGACCUCCUGCAUCUACAUGUCCAGCAUUUUCCCAGAACAGGUCCAGUGAGGCAUCAGACUGUUUGAGUUGAUGAAAAAGCAAUUGAAUUUUAUUUACUGCUCUUAUUUUUUCCACAGAUACAUGGUUCUGUACUUGUAACAAAACAAUAAGAUAACUUAACUUAUAUACACAACUACGUAUACUGUACAUGUGAACAACCUGGAUAGAUCGUGCUGCUUAAUGCAACCACAAGAUGGCUCCCUUUUACUGUGGUACGCAGAUAGAGGUCAGUGUGCCAAAGCUGGAUGAAAUUUAGCGGUCAGUGCAUUAUAAUCAUCAGCACGUAAAGAUGAAGUUUUAUUUUGUUUUAUUUCCCUUAUGACAAAAACACUAAGUUUGAUAUGUGCUUAUUCACCCUGACUUUAUUUUACUGUUUGCAGUAACUCACGUAAAGCAUCACGCUCAGCCUUACCUGGGACUUUCGGCUCAGUUAUAUUUUAAACAGUGACGCAUGGACCUUUAAACAAUUAUAAUAUAUGUGUUUUAAGUCUGCAAAAAAGAACGUGUGCAUGAGCUUGAUGAUAAUGCGCAAAGAAAUUAAAACUGCAAAAAUCGCUCAAAUGAGAAAGACAUGCCAUCGUUUAAGGUGACGGUUCACACCUGGCAUUCUUUAAGCCAGCGAUGCAGAACUUUUCCUGUAGUUCCAAUAGGGUUUUGUUCCACCUGUUUGCAUAAGGAGCAUUAAUAAACAGCUAUGCCAACUAAGGAAGCAUAUUUUCAUUUCAGAGAUACUGGAGUUUCGUACAGUAUAAUCGUAUUUUAAUAUUUGGUUUAAUAGACUCAUAAUACAUGCACAGUUAGUCCAGGUUGUGGCUGUGCAAAGUGAAACGCUUCAGAAUGGUUCAGGUAAAAAUUUAUACAAUAUCAGCCUAUAAUAAAAAAAAAUAUAUGUCACACUCCCCUUUUUUGCACAAAUAUUUAUAUAAUUAGUUGUGAAUUGUACUUUUAAAAUAAUUCUGUCUUUAUUCAUGUCUUACAAUGCAUUUCAUUCUCAUAAGUCCCAUGAAGACUACAGUAAGAUAUGGAACUGUCAUUAAUGGUAACACCACACUCUCGAUUUUGCAUGGAGUAUGCAAAAAACUUGUACUCCCAACACUGAGCCCUGACAGCAUUGUGUUAUAUUAAAUAAGCAUUAUGUCAACAAAACAACGGGAACAUAAUAUGUCGAUAUCAUCACCCUUUCAUUCCAGAUUUGGUUCUUCUUGGAAUGCUGUCAUGUAAGUCGUUGGCUGUGUGCAGUGGGCUUUUGGACAAUUCCUCAAGAAGACAAGUGUCCAGGUCAAAGAGUGAUGAAAGAGGCAGAAAUCAACUCUGCACUCCACUGGUUUGUGUGAAUUUCCAGUGAUGGUGGGGUGGACAUGGAAAGAAUCUAAAAUCGUUCAUGAAACCACUCGAAUUUGUUUAGCAGUGUGUAUGGGGCCAUUGUCAUCCUGGAAUAUGGGAACAUCAUAAGGGAGCAGUGUUUCCACUAUAGACUGCACCUGCUGCUGUAAAAUUGUCUCAUAUUCCUGUUUUAUGACCAUUCUUGAGUGAUCAUCAGACUUAAUGACUCCCACAAGAUGGCCACAUAGGCUGUGGAUUAACGGCAUCCUUUGGCUUUGUCCAAACAUAAACCUGUCUGCAUGCAGGAAAAAGGGUGAACAAUGACUCUUCAGAUCAUAUUAUUUUUUGCAUUGCUCAAGGGUCAGCUUUUUCCCCUUCUCACCAGGUUGUGAGUCAUUGUGCAUUGGCUGUGGAUUUCUUAAUGCCAGCUUUCUUAUCAGUUCCAACUCCGAGAAGUUUACAACCUACAGUUUUUGUUGAGAAUGGGUUACAGAAUUGCUGAUUUAGUUUUAUUGUUAUUUUCAAGGACAUGCUUUUGUCAUAUUUAGCGAAUAUCAGGACAAGUGUCCAUCUGUCUCUUCUGGUCAGCUUUGACUUGCGGCCGCUGUUUCUUUGACAGAUUCCAUUCCUCUGUGUUUGGAAUAUGCUGUCAUCGUUUUUGCGACUGUUCAGUGACAGACGAAAUACUUCAGCAGUUGUUUUGAUUCAUUGACCCGUAAUUUAAGCACUGACUCUUUGGCCAUUUUGGAGCUUGGUGAGUUGCCCUGUUGGUUGGAGCAGCAUUGUGAUAUUUAAUCCUGGCAACCGGUCAGUUCUGUACGAGUUUGUAGGAAGCAGAAGUGUGGGGUACUAUGGGAUGUUUGCCAUUUCCCCAGAAUUCCAUCUGAUCAGUGGAUGACAGCCAUCGUAUUUAAACCAAAGCCUGAACUAUAUGAGUCCCAGCUUUCUCCUGGGCCAGGCAUCUACCCAAAAUGGGCUGAUAUAGGUUAGCGGAAAAGGCAUGGGAACACCUGGGAUACCAGGGCAUCACUGGAAACACAAUCACAGAACAGGUCAUUCAGAAAUACAAAUUAGAAUUAGAAGUAGAACCGAAUUAGAAUGCCUUUAUUGACAUUGUAACUUACAUUAUAACAAAAUUUGCUGUGGGCUUCCGAAGACUGAUGCUUUAGCACAUAAUUAA